UACAUCUCUUAUUUCAAUUUCCUGUUGUUUCGUUUUGUUUUAAUAUUUCAGCCCAUACUGUUUCCCUUAAGAUAUACUUAUAUGUCAUUGCAGAGAUAGAAAGACCGCACAUAGAAGUGUUGGAGCUUUGUGAGAGUCAAUCUUUCUCUAUUUUCAUAAACCAUCACAACUGUUAGCUCUACGGCACAAUCAGGUAUUGUCACUACAGCACUUUUUUAUUAUUAUGAUGGUAGCCAAAGGAUAUAGACCUCAAAUGGUCUGGGCAAUGAUGGAAACAGAUUCGCAGAAUUCCGAUUAUACGGUCCUUUUGAGUUCAGGAAAACGUUUACUUCAAAAGCUCGCAUAUGGAUGUAUACCAAGUUUUUUACAACGAAGAACGAUACGACCCGGUUCGCCAAAGAUGCAAAAGUUACACCCUACUUCAUAUCUCGAUGGUCUGCGAGGAGUGGCUUCGUUCAUCGUAUUUAUGGGACAUUAUACUGAGGAGAAUAUUGGAUGGUGGACUGAGCCAUAUGGACUUUAUGAAGAUGGGGCACCGUCAUCACCUCUACAACUUCCGUUUAUUCGAGUACUAUAUUCUGCCAGGCCUAUGGUACAUAUAUUCUUUAUUAUUUCUGGAUUCGUCCUGGCCUACAAACCUUUGAAACAAAUACAUUCUGAACAAUAUUCGGCACUCGCAUCUACACUAUCUUCAUCCGUUUUUCGCCGCGCAGUUCGUCUUUUCUUACCUUCCAUUAUAACACUCUUUAUCAUGUCUGUAGCCGUCUAUUACCGACUCUCCGAAGCUCGAUACGGCUCUCCCUUAUCAUCACUUACGGCUCAAAUUGGAAGUUGGUAUGAAACUUGCUGGCAACUUUUACAAGCAUCCUGGAGAUGGGACGACCCUUCUUGGCCCAUGCCACGCUACAAUCCAGCCUUAUGGACCAUUCCUGUGGAAUUCGCACAAUCGAUGCUUCUCUUUAUUGUUAUACUUGGACUUUCUCAUGUUCGCAUAAAUAUGCGACUCCUGAUUCUCGCGUGUAUUAUGUCGUUCUGUUUCUGGAGCGCACAAUUACACACGGUUGAAUUUUUAGGCGGAAUGUUCAUUGCCGAAGUCACACUCCUUCAAUCAUACAAUUCAACACCAUCCAACUCUCCUGAAUCCUCUCCCAUUCUCCCCACCACAGAAUUCGACGACAAAAAAGCAGAAUCUCCUAUUGCUACAGCGUUCGAUACCACAAUUCCCAGGACAACAUAUAACAAAAAUACUUUCAUUAAGGCCUUCUGGAUACUCAAUCUCAUAUGCGGCCUCUAUAUCUCCUCAUGGACAAACAGCCAUGUCGAUGAAGUUCCUCUUCUGUCAAUCCUCGAUGCACACACCCCGAGGCCCUAUAAAGGCCAAAGAGUUUGGUUUUGUCUCGCGGCCUUCCAAAUAGUACUAGCAUGUACUCAACUCCCCAGCCUACAAUCUAUUUUCAACGUACCGUUUGCUCAAUAUCUAGGCAAUAUAUCAUAUGCCCUCUAUCUAACCCACAACCUCUGUCUUACGAUCCUCGAGCCGUUCUUCGCACCGCUGCUUGAACGGACUAUUGGAAAAGGUUCUUUCUUCGGUAGACAUGCUGUUUGGGCGGCAGGAUUACUGAUUUAUGGACCGUUCAUAUUGUGGACAGCAGAUGUGUUUUGGAGAGGAAUCGACGUACCGUCGACGAAAUUUGCGAGGUGGCUUGAGAGUAAAUGUUUGAUUGAUAAGGAUAGUGAAAGUCCUAGAAGGGGAAAUACCCAAUUGUAAUCUAGUUAUGGUUAAUGGAUCUGGUUUGGGAUAGCAUGUUAUUGGCGUUGGAUAUAUUAUGGAAAUUGCAUAUAAUUGCAUUUCGAAAGCGGGUUUUGCUUUCUUUUACGAGUCGAAUAUUCACACUACAACUUUUGUUAUCUAGAGAUAGAUUAGAUAAUGGAUGGCUAGAGAUAUCAAUUCUUACUCUAGACUUCAGACUCGAAAUGUUAAAAAUUAAUUAGCACCGGAGAACAAUU